UAUGGACCAAAUCCCGAUCCAAUGCAUGCACGAUGCUCGCAUGGAAAAGGGGGCCCCUCUCACCGUCGCCACGGCCCAACCAGCGGCAAUGCCGACCCAGAACGUGCUGCCCGACCCUCCGUCAGCCCCAGCCAGGCCUGGGCGGCACCGUGUCCAGCGGUCGCUGACGGACUUCAUGGGCGACAGGGCGCGCCGGGGCAGGGCGGACGAUGACGAGACACCGACGGCGACGACACUGCAGCAGACUCAGCGCCAGGGACAGCCUCUCGAUCGGGUGCAGACGCUCGAUCGCAUACAGACGCACAGGAUGCGGCGCUCAGUGGACGUGCCGCGCUCGGGGGCCGUGACGCCCAUCAUCAGCCCGAAUCACAGCCGGCGCGCCAGCUUGCUGAUACCCAAGGAUGGCGAUGACAAGCUCGACUUUUCGCGGAUCGGCAAGGAGGACAAGGACAGAGAGAAGAACAAGGCGAAGGACAAGCUGCAGGGCGACAGGGCAAAGGACAAGGCCUCGUCUGGCACCGACGAGCUGCGACAAUCCCUCGCGGAGCUCAGCAACUUCUCCGCCGAAACGGCGCAACAGCUAGACCAGACGCACUAUGCCUUGCUUGAGAAAACGAGCAGUCUGCAGGUCAUGGUCAAGGCCCUCAAGGACCUGGCGCAGGCGUCGUGCGACCUCCAGAUGGGAUUCGAUAUGGCUACGCAAGAGCUCGAGACGGACGUUACAAACCAGCUACGGAAUAUCGGGCAUUUCGAAUCACAACAGUCCACGAUCGAGACUCUGCAGAAUCGCAUACACCUAGGAAGGCAGACCGCCGACAAGCUGGCCGCGCGAGUGGAUGUGGUGCGCAAACAAAUCGAGGGCUGGGAGCGCGCCGACAGGGCAUGGCGGGAGAAGACGCGCAAGCGGUUGAGAAUCACCUGGGCGGCUCUGUUGACCGUUGUCUGCAUCAUCGGUAUUCUGUUCAUGUCCUUCAGCUACAGAGGUGCUACACAGGGCGACUCGAUAGGGUCUCGCGGCUCGUGGAGAAACACCACGCCCGAUUCCAAAGGCCCCGAGCAGGACCUUGCGGCAAACAGCAACGGCGACGGGGCGGAGGUGACACGGGCUUGGGAAGUACCACCAGCUGACGACGAGCCGCUGCGGAUAUUUGACGAGCUAUGACCGGGCCUGCGGCGACGGAGAACGGCCGCAGCCUCACAUGCGCGUCUGUUACGCAGCACCGGAUUCGACAGCGCCAAUCGGAUUUGCAGUCAAUAGCUCGGGACAGGAACCGCUUAGGCACGAGACCAGUCCUCGGCGUCACCGAGCAAGCUUGGCCCAGCUGCUGGUCACGGUGGCAUUAUGCGGAGACGGGCUUGUAGCA